AUGGGGAUUCAUAGUAAUUUACCACAAUAUACGGAGCGAACGGAACACGUCGAUAUGUUACGUGCAACGCAGGAGGAGCUUGCGUUAAAGAUCAAGGAACUUCAGAUCUACGAGAUCAAUUACACGACACUCAAGAAGGAUUUAACGCGUUGGAAACAGAAAUUUGAAUACGUUUUUCAUGAAAAUGAACUUUUGGCGUUAGAAACGGGGAAAUUGGACGCGUCGCAUAAACAAAUUGCGUUUCUACAGCAAGAAAUGAAAUUUAAAGACCAAGAAAGUACAGCGUUACGUGGUCUUGUAAGUGCUUUAGAAGCAGCAACGAAAAAAGAACGGGACAUGCAAUUGGAAGCCAUGAAAAUUCGAGAGACGGAAUUGGAAGUUGUUGCGGCGCUGGCAGCGGAAACAAGAAGCUCGGACCAUGUCGACGAGUUGUUGCAAUCUCAGUACAAAGCACGACAGGACGAGAAGGAACGCUUGGAGGGGGAAAUUGUCGCGCUGAAGACGGAAAAUACGUGCCUGUUGAACGAAGUGGAUCGGAAAGAAGAAGAGAUACAACGACAGGACGAACAGAUUCAGGUGCAUAAAACACACAUUGAUGGACUGCAGCAAGCACUGAAAGAAGAACAAGAAGCAGGAAUGACGCGAUUGAAAGAAAAACAGGAUAAAAUCCGAGAAUUGGAGAAACUCGUGCAACAAAUGAAAUUGAGACGACGUUCCAGUGUGGCAGCAGCUUUAGCAGUGGCUGAAGAGGAAGGAAGAGAUACGAUUAGAUUUGGACCAGUGGAUCGAUUGAAAUCUAAUCAUGAAAAAGAUGAGAGUGAGGAGGAGGAGGAGGAGGAGGAACCGGAUACACCUCCAGGCACUCCACCACCCAUUUCAUCGGGUGGGUUAUUGCCAUUGGAAGACCCAACAGCUGAUCAGACGAUUCGAGAUUGGACGGAAGAUAGAAAAAUUUCAUCCGCACGAAGUUUUGAAGAAGCUUUGGAUCUUGAUCGAUUGGAAGAAUUGAUUCGGAAAUUACCCUAUGAAUCUCAAGAAGGUGCAAGUCGUGUACUUAUGGGUGCAUUGGACCCGGACACAAUGGAUGAACCUGUGAUUGAGUCGCAGAUUGUGCUCCGAAACUUGUCAGCGGAACGGCAGGCUGAGUUGCAAGAAUUUUUGUUGCCAUUAUUGAAGUCGCACCCGGCACUGAGGGUUUCGUACUCGACGAUGGAACGUCGUACAUUGGUGACAGAUGUGCGUAUUCAGAUCGAGCGUCGCCGUAAUUCUGUCCUGGGUGGAAUUAUGCCUGGCGAGAAACGGUUCGGCAAGGAUCAUUUGUUUUUGGGUCCGUCGAUCGAAGAUGUGGGGAAGCUUGUGCCCCACAUGCCUCGUGUAGUUAGCACGAGCAGCAAGGCAAGCUAUGUGUCCAAGCCCAAAGUCGCUGAGACUUUGGCUAGUAUUGGCGAUUCUUUGUCUCAAGAGAGAGUAAGUGAACAUAUAGAGGACAUGGACACAUGUUCCGAGUCGGCGGAGCCACCACCAUCUGAUGCUAUGACGUCAAAACGCAAGUGGGGUGGACUGAAAGCUGCCAAGUUCAUUGGCACGAUGGCAGCUGGCGCCAAGCAGCGCGUGGCAGCUACCUUUAAGAAUUCCAAGUUUGCACACGAGGGCACGUCGUGUCAGUUCUGCAAGAUGACGCCUAUUGUGGGUGAGCGUUAUUCGUGUGCCACGUGCGUGGGUUUCGAUCUCUGCGAGAACUGCUACUCCCUAGGUGGUCAUGGUAUGGAAAACUCAGACGAGUUGUUCUAUCGCGUGCAAGAGCUAGUGCUUGCGCGUUGCCCUCGCCUAGCCGAGGAAGUGGAUCUGCUUGAGCUCAUGCGCUUUGAUAUCUGCCGCUCCAACUUGCGCAAAUUCAGCUUUUGCCUCAACUGGCUGGCUGACAUUGUCAAUGGAAAAUCAUCAAAGGACUUGCAGGCGCGUGCUUUGGAAAUACCUCGUAUUCGGCGCGAUGUCCGCAAGGUGUUUGUGCCUCUCCUUAUGCGCGUAUGCAGUGACCGAGAAGAUAUUGAGGUCAAGACAGAGUGGGAGCUAGAGGAUGACAACCAGGCUCCAGUUCGCAGCGUGAACGGUGGAGUUAGUGAAGGAGAUGGCCGUUUCCUGGAGGCACUACGAAUCUGGGUCGCAGAUCAGUAUCGAACUACAUCACCAUUCGUGGAACGCAGUCUGCUUAAGUAUCAUGAAGACGAUGAAGACAGUGAAGAAAACGAGGAUGGAAGUGACAACGGCGACGGUGGACAGUCGGAUGAGAUUGAAAGCCAAAACUACAGUCGUGAUGGCGACGCGAGCAGCUCUGCAGAGGAGUAA